AUGAGGGUCAGCUAUGGCUACGACGGCCACACUUUCGAUUUUUAUCCGAAGCUCAUCGAAGGCUGGUCUCUCUCACUGGUCUCUCCCGCUGGUAUCUCUGGCCAGAUCAACCCCAACGAGGGUCAUCCUCUUCCUGAUUCCCACAAGCUCACACUCCGGGUAACUUCGCAAUAUGGGAAUACCCUUCACUCUGCGGACCACCAGGAUUCAGGGCAAUUCUCAUUUGCCACUGCGGAGGCCGGAAGUUACAUGACUUGCUUCUUUGCCCCUGAUCACAAGCCCGAGACCUCGUUGACUGUUGAUUUUGAUUGGAGGACUGGGGUUUCUGCUCAAGAUUGGUCCAAUGUUGCUAAGAAAGGCUCUGUUGAGCUAAUGGAAUUGGGGCUGAAGAAAAUGUUGGAUACUGUUACUACCAUUCAUGGGGAAAUGUUCCAUCGUCAUUUAAAAGAGGAAGAAAUGCAGGAGCUCAACAAAUCAACUAGCACCAAAAUGACCGUGUUUACUCUUCUCUCAAUUGUUAUUUGCUUGUUGGUGGCAGGAAUGCAGUUAUGGCACUUGAAGACCUUUUUUGAGAAAAAGAAGCUCAUUUAAAUUUGAGUGGGUUUCAAGUUUCAUGUCAUUUAUCUUGUGCUCUUGUAAAUUAUUUGCAUGUAUAUAUAAAUAUAUAAAUUUACAAAUUUAAUUA